GAGUAGUAACGAAUGAAUGAGAAUAACGACGAAGGGUUAAAAAAGCGUAAAAAUAAUUGAAAAUGAAGCAAAAUUGAAGCCAAAACAUUAAAAAUCAUUUAAAGUGGGUAGAAAUAAACACUACGUAGUGUAGUAGUACUGCGUUAGGGUAUCCGUAGAAAGUUGAAUGUGAUUUCGGAAUAUAACGAGGAAAAAUUCGAAUCUUGGAAAGUUUCCGAAAGUCCUCUCCCCACCUCAAGAUUUUCCCCACAAAUUACUUUAUAGACAUAAUGUAUGCCGUUACAAAGGUAUUUACAUAAAAUUUCAUUGAAAAAAACCCAUUUCCUUAAAAGUUAUGAGGAAAAUCUCGGAUUUUGUGAAUUUUCCGAAGUCCUCUCGCCACUCCCUUGGAAAAGAUUUCCCUCACAAAUUUCUUUAUAAUCGUAAUUUAUGCCGUUUGAAAGGUAUUUCCAUAAAAUUUCAUUGAAAAAACUCCAUUGUGAAUUUUCCGAAGUCCUCUCCCCACCCUCCCGUUGAUUUGCGCGCAUUUUUUUUUCAUAUUCGUUUCCUACCCAUUGUUUUACAUUCAUUCCAGUAUAUAUAUAUAUAUUUUUUAUUUUCAUUUCCAAGUCAAGAAGUAAACAUUAACCAAAAAUAUUUCCAAUGAUUCCGGGAUAAUAGGGGGGGGGGUCAGUCCCCGCCUUUUUUCCGAACGAAAAUAAGGGAUUUGCAGCUUAUUAGUAGGUCAGGGUACUUGAUUCCACGCAAAAAAUCCGAGUUUUUUUUUUUAGUGAAAAUCAUGCGGGUGCAAGGGUCAAAAUAUACCCAGUUGCGUACUGUGAUCGAUCUAAUCGACUGCCUCCCCCACCUAAUCCCCAAAAAUUUCGGGCUUUGUGCCUAGAGAAGAAAAGAAUAUUAUUUAUUUGAGUGAUUAGGUGCUUCUAAUUAGCGUUUUUAAUGAUCACUGCACUGCACUAAAUUCGUUACGACUUAAAAGUAAUAUUACGAAAAUAAUGUUGAAGAUUUGAUGCAUUACAUCAGCUUGUUUUGUGUUGUCAUUUUAGUUUACUUAAUUGAGCAUGAUAGAUACUUUCUAUGUUUUUUAAUAUCCACUGCUCCGUCCCCGCUCGUAUUAAUAUUACAUCAAAUAGUAAAAAAGAAAAGAAAGGACAAAAUGCAAGUUUGUGGUGACAUUGAAAUGCAAAUUGCUGAUUCAAGAAAUUUGUCGGUUUUUGGAAACAGAAGAAUGAUAUUAUCAAGUUCACAAGUAAUAGUUCUCCAUAACUCCACAUUGCUGUAAAAUUAAAAUCAAGGUUAUAAACAGAGUAAUUGAGAUGUGGAAAAUAUAUUAUCUGACAUGUGUUGGUAGAUACACAUAAGAAAUCAUAUCAAUUAAACAUUUAUUCAGUCUAAUACCUAAUUUAAACAAUUGCUAAGAUGAAAGAAUUUAGCAAUACAUUAUCUGUGGCAAAUGUUUCUUCUGUAACAAUAAUUUGACUAAGCACUAAUGUCAUACUGGUAUACCACUGUGAUACUUGUAGUAAACUAUUCUUUGAGCAAGAUCAUUUGACUACACACAAAUAUAUUCAUUCAGGUGAGAGCCCAUAUAACUUUGGUAUAUGGAGGAGAACAUCCUCUAAAUUGAUAAAUAAAUUCUUCACAAAUUUACUCAUACAGGAGACAAAACAUAUUGUUGUAUUUGUUCUAUAACAUUCUGCAGAAGUCCAUUCACGCAAGUAGACAGCUAUAUUACAGCGGUGUCUGUGGCAAAACUUUCUCUGAAAAAGAUAAUAUGACUAAUCACAAAAAUGCUCACACUGGUAAGAAACCAUAUCACUGUGAUAUCUGUGGAAAAGCAUUCUCUGGCAAAACCAUACUAACUAAACACAUACGCAUUCACACUGGGGAGAAACCAUACCACUGUGACAUUUGUGGCAAAACAUUUUCUGCAAAUGGUCAUUUAACUCAACAUGUACGCAUUCACACAGGUGACAAUCCAUUUCACUGUGAUAUCUGUGGUAAAACAUUUUCCCAAAGGGGUCAUUUAACACUUCAUAUUCGUACUCACACCGGUGAGAAACCAUACCACUGUGAUAUCUGUGGGAAAACCUUCUCUGUAUGUAAUAAUUUAACUAAUCACAAACAUGUUCACUCAGGAGACAAGCCAUUCCACUGUGAUAUGUGUGGAAAGACAUUCUCUAGUAAUAGUAGAUUAACUAGACAUACACGCACUCAUACUGGUGACAAACCAUACCGCUGUGAUAUCUGUGGCAAAACAUUUUCUGACAACAGUACAUUAAUUAGGCAUGUACGCAUGCACACAGGUGAUAAUCCAUACCGUUGUGAAAUCUGUGGUAAAACAUUCUCGGUGAAUGGUCAUUUAACUCAACAUGUACGUAUUCACACCGGUGAGAAACCAUACCCUUGUGAUAUCUGUGAAAAAAGGUUCUUUGACAAGAGUGGAUUAACUAAACACAUACGCUUGCACACUGGUGAGAAACCAUUUCACUGUGAUAUCUGUGGCAAAACAUUCUCACAGAAUGGUCAUUUAACUCAACAUGUGCGUAUUCACACAGGUGAAAAGCCAUACCAUUGUGAUAUCUGCGGUAAAAUGUUUUCACGGAAAGGUCAUUUAACACUUCAUAUACGUGGUCACACAGGUGUGAGGCCAUAUAGCUGUGACAUUUGUGGUAAAUCAUAUGCUGAUAAUCAGAAUUUAAAUCGUCACAAACCUGUUCACACAGGUGUAAAACCAUAUCAUUGUGAUAUCUGUAGUAAAACUUACAAUGAGAAUAGGAGUUUGUCUAAUCAUAAAGAAAAAGCACAUGCAAAACAAACAAUAAAAGAAUAAAAUCAUUUUAAAGAAUUUAUAAGAACUGUUAUUUUUAUGAAGCUACAUAAGAUUCUUGUGAUUCAGAUUAGAAAAAGUAGGAGGUUGGUGCAAUUCAGAAACUAUGUUUUUCAUUGUCUUAUUUUGUCUCUGAUAAACAUAAACUGAAACUUCUUGCAGUGAAGUAUUAUAUCAGCCACACAAAUGCACAAAAUACAUUUGAUUUUCCUUUUGUCAUCACCUACUCUGUCUCAUACACAAAAACCUUCAAUAAAAAGAAAACUUUUGUCUCUAAAACUC